AAUUCUCCAUCUUCGUUAAAGAUGACCCGCAAGCACCUCCAGACGAACUACUAUGACGUCCUAGGAGUGGACCGCUCGGCGUCCGUGAGUGAAAUCAAGGCGGCCUAUCGAAAGCUUGUUCUCGAGCAUCACCCAGAUCGAUAUCAUGGCAAAAUGAAAAAGUGUGUCCGCUACAAGAGUGGAAAGGAUGCGGAGAUUUUACGCAUCAACGCUGCUUACGACUUGCUGAGCGACAGCACCAGACGUUCCAAAUACGACAUCGAAAUGUUUGGGGUAUCUGCAGCCCCUGACGCGAGCGAGAACGUGUUGGUUGAUACUGGCAACUACAAACCGAUGAGAUCGGAGGACGUGCACGAGAUGUUUGGAGGGUUGAACGAAUUCGAGCGCUUCACUACAGCGCAGUACUACCGCCAACGCUCUCACAUUGCACCAGCAGCGAUUGGUCGUAGAGCGACGAACUUUGUGGAGCGGAAGCAAUUCCGUGCUGCUAAAGUGAAGCUGCCGACUCAAUCUGCAACGAUGGCAUGGUUUGCGUUUCCUGUGGUGUUGGCUGCGCUCUGGGGCGUGAACCUGAACAGUAUCCGCAAUCAAUCCAAAAGAUACUGAGUAUUCACGUGAUCAUGGGCAAGAAUUUCCAAUGAGACUCAGAUGAGGUUAACCUUAGCUUUUUCUCGUAGUUUGUAGCACUUUCAAUUGUUUCGUUAUGUCUCAAUAGUAAAAAAAAAAAAAACAAUAGUAAACUGCGUCAUGCCUCCGCAAGGGCAGCCGAUAGAUCCAUCAAUCGUCGCUGCAAGGCUGCGAUUUCGUCACUAAGUUCGUUGGAGUCCAAUGCAUAAUUUUCGUCUGGCA